UCGCCCACCCGGGUCGACCCCGACGGCGCGUGCGCGCGCUGGGAGGGGGGCGGGAAGGGGCAGGACGGGGACGCGCGCCCCGGGCCCCGCGCGAGGGUCGCACCUGGGAAGAGCGGGACUUCGGAGGGGCCUGCUUCCUGCCCCCCUCCUCUCUCUUCACCCCAAAGAAAGACUCUAACCCUCUCCAGCCCCCAAUCCCACUCUCCUCGACCAUCACGCUUUGAGAGAAAGGGCGACACCGUGGGGAGGGGGUUCAGCAGUAGCCCCAUCCUCUCUGAUUCCUGGCCUGGAGCCUGGAACGCCCCCAGCCUCCCCUCCCCUCCACCUCUGUGGUUCUGUAGCCCCAAACCUCUCCUGUACCUGCGCCAGGAGGAGGUUGCUAAGGUAACCCAAGUCCCUGGUGGUCCUCCUGCCCCUCCCCUCAUUGGUUACUAUGACAACCUCACCUAGCACUCAGGUAAAAAGGGCCCCAGCCCCAAGGACACUGAUGCUGAGGCAAAUACCUCUUUCCUAGCCCCUCCCCCCAGCUACUCUGUUGGCAUUACCAUGGUAACCAUCUCCCCCUUUCCCAUCGUGGGAAAGUCCAUAGACCAAACCAACCAGGUGUUUUUAUUUAGAGGAGAUGCUCUGCUGAGGAGUAGUUGCUAUGGUUACAGAGCCUGGACCAUCCCCAGGGAGGUGAGAAAGCGGCAAGGCCAAGCCCUGGUUACUAUGGGAAUGGGGGCAGUCUGCCUUCCAGUGACCCUUGGAACCAGGCCACCCACCAAGGUAGGGGAUGCUUGAUGGUUGUCUCAGGAUAGAGUGUGUCCAGGGAAGGAGUUGUCAUGGUAACACCUUCUGUCACUUCCAGCCCUACCUUUCUGGACACAUUCAUGAGAGAGGGAUGGUUAUAGGUUGCUAUGAAAACUGACAUCCUUCCCUCCCACUCCUAAGAUGCUCCAGGUGGUACCUGAGCUUGUCGGACUUCAGAAGAAAUGAUUCCCUGACCUUCUCAUUGCCCCUUUUGUAGAUAAGAUGAAAUUGUGCUCUAUUGUGUGAAAUUGGCUGAUUUGAGGUUUCCCGGUUCUCCUUCCCUCAGCAGUGCAGCCGAGUGGGGCUGGAACCGCCCCCCUGGAGCUCCCCGGCCAGCAACCUAGGAGGAUGCCCUGGAGGUCCAGCUAGGGCCUGACUUCGGCCCCAUGCGGCUCACGCGCUGCCAGGCUGCCCUGGCGGCCGCCAUCACCCUUAACCUCCUGGUCCUCUUCUACGUCUCGUGGCUGCAGCAGCAGCCCAGGAACUUCCGGGCCCGGGGGCCCCGCCGUGGAUCUGCCACCGGCCCCCGCGUCACCAUCCUGGUGCGGGAGUUCGAGGCCUUCGACAACGCGGUGCCCGAGCUGGUGGACUCGUUCCUGCAGCAGGACCCAGGCCAGCCGGUGGUGGUGGCAGCCGACACGCUCCCCUACCCACCCCUGGCCCUGCCGCGCAUCCCCAACGUUCGCCUGGCGCUGCUCCAGCCCGCGCUGGACCGGCCGGCCGCGGCCUCGCGCCUCGAGACCUACGUGGCCACCGAGUUCGUGGCGCUGGUGCCCGACGGGGCGAGGGCCGACGCACCGGGCCAGCUGGAGCGCAUGGUGGAGAUGCUCCGGGCGGGAGGCGCACGCCUGGUGGCCGCCCCGGUCGCCUCGGCCAACCCUGCCCGGUGCCUGGCCCUGAACGUCAGCCUGCGGGAGUGGACGGCCCGCUACGGCCCGGCCCCCGCCGCGCCCCGCUGCGACGCCCUGGACGGGGAUGCCGUGGUGCUGCUGCGCGCCCGCGACCUCUUCAACCUCUCGGCUCCCCUGGCGCGGCCGGUGAGCACGGGCCUCUUCCUGCAGACCGCCCUGCGCGGCUGGCCGGUGCAGCUGCUGGACGUGCCCUUCCCGGCGGCGCGCCAGCCCCCGCUCGCCACGGCCCACGCGCGCUGGAAGGCGGAGCGCGAGGCGCGCGCGCGGCGGGCGGCUCUGCUGCGGGCGCUGGGCAUCCGCCUGGUGCGCUGGGAGGGCGGGCAGCUCGAGUGGUUCGGCUGCAGCAAGGAGACCCCGCGCUGCUUCGGGACGGUGGUGGGCGACACACCGGCCUACCUGUACGAGGAGCGCUGGACGCCCCCGUGCUGCCUGCGUGCGCUCCGGGAGACCGCGCGCUACGUGGUGGGCGUGCUGGAGGCGGCGGGCGUGCGCUACUGGCUGGAGGGCGGCUCGCUGCUGGGGGCGGCCCGCCACGGCGACAUCAUCCCGUGGGACUACGACGUGGACCUGGGCAUCUACCUGGAGGACGUGGGCAACUGCGAGCAGCUGCGGGGUGCCGAGGCGGGCUCGGUGGUGGACGAGCGCGGCUUCGUGUGGGAGAAGGCGGUGGAGGGCGACUUCUUCCGCGUGCAGUACAGCGAGAGCAACCAUCUGCACGUGGACCUGUGGCCCUUCUACCCCCGCAACGGGGUCAUGACUAAGGACACGUGGCUGGACCACCGGCAGGACGUCGAGUUCCCCGAACACUUCCUGCAGCCUCUCGUGCCCCUGCCCUUUGCCGGCUUCGUGGCGCAGGCGCCCAACAACUACCGCCGCUUCCUGGAGCUCAAGUUCGGCCCCGGGGUCAUCGAGAACCCCGAGUACCCCAACCCCGCGCUCCUGAGUCUGGCAGGAGGCGGCUGAAGCCCUGCCCCCCGCGCCCGCGCUCAGGGGAACAUUCGGGCACGGGGAGCUGUCCUUUGUCUCGGUGCCGCCGGCGCUUGAUGGGCGGCGCAGGGAUGCCAGGCCGCCCUGCAGGGCCCAGCACAGUCCGGACAUCAGAGACGUGCCCUGCUCAAGAUUUCCAAGAACCCGGGCUCCCGGGCUGGGACAGAGUUUUGGAAAGAGAGAGAGAAAGAGUGUAGGUUCUGGGGCCCUCCUGUCGCGAAUGAGACCCCAGCUCUCCCACUUACUAGGUACCUGGGCCUGGGCGAGGGUCCCAGUUUCUCUGUGCCUCAGUUUCCUCCAGGAUUCAGUGAGUACCCUCCGUGUCUGGCGCGGAACGAGCCUCAGGACACCUGGCUGCUGGGGUCGCUUGUGCCACUAGAGGCCGCCCUUGUGCUACCGUGGGGACCUGCGUUCCGUCGCUGCCGCGUCUGGAGCCCUUGGUGGCCCAGGACAGGGUGACGAUCUCCUUGAUCUGCCUUCUGCCAGUUCUUCCAGAACGCGGCCUCCCCCCCUCCUGGGAGAGCUGCGGGGUGCAUGCUGCGCUUAACCCCAUCUUGCCCGGGAGGAAAGAGGCUCGGAGCUCUGCGGUGCUGCUGGGGAGAAGAACCGAGUUGGGAUCCCGGCUCCGCUCCUUGGCUGUGUGACCUCGUUAUUUUAGCUCUCUGCACCCGUUUCCCCACUUGCAAGGCGGGGUACCCCAUAACCAUAGCUCACGUUUACUGAGCACCGACUGUAUACCAUUCGUCCUUCUCAGUGUUUCACACGGAUUAACCGAUCCCACACCUCGACCCUCCAAGGGGAGGGGCUGCUCUUAUUUGCAUUUUGCUGGUGAGGAAACUGAGGCCAGCAUGGUGAAGUCGCUUGCUGAAGGUCAGACAGCUUAGGAAGUGGCAGCGUGGGGGCUUGAACCCCGGGUGGCCGUGGAGCCCACAUGAAGCCGCCCAGUCUGCCCCUGUCUGGUAAGGGUAGGGGACGGGGGCCUCCGGGACAAGGGUGGGCAGCCUUCCUAGUGUAGUCAUGCACCUGAGAGUAAAUAGCCUUUGGGCAUGCGCCCUCAGGAUGUGUGUUUAUUUAUAAAUUAUAUCCAGGUACUACUGUCAUUCUGUAUAUUAGUAAUAAGGCUUAAAUUAUUCCAUUUUUAAAAUAAAGAUAAAUAGGGUUUUGUCUGCUCGCCUCAUCCCAGUGGCUUGUCCUGCACAGCGCCCGCUCCUCCGCUGUGGGCUGGGGGCCACCGUGACUCUCCUCUGCACCCCUGCUUCCAACCUGGGAAAUGGGGGUGGUGGUGGCCCUCACCCCGCAGGCUGCUGGGAGGCGCUUGAGUGGUGAAGGGGUCCGAGUCAGGGCUGGGUUUGGCUCCUGGCUUGGCCGCUUACUUUCUUUGUGACCUUAGGCAAGUGGCUGCCUCUCUGAACCUCUAGAUUGAGGCUGGGGGUGGGGUGGUGAUAUUGCAAAAGGGUAAAACCCUCAUGGGAAGGGGCCUUCACAGGCCAGUGAGACAAGAAAGAAGAGAACUUAGCCCAAUUUCCUGAGACUCAGACAUCCACAGCCAGACCUCAUAACCCAGCCUCUGUUUUUAACCAUUGGACCCGCAAAUGGCUCACAAAGAGACUGUUGUUGGCUUCCCAUGGAACAUUCUGGAAGCAUAUAGGGACAAUUUGGCUUAUCGCUGUGAUUGGGCGGUGCUUCUGGCUCUUGGAAGGCGUGGCCCAGGGAUGGAGAUGUCUUAUGCCAUAUGCCACGUUGCUUGUCACAUACAGUUUUAAAAUGUCCCAUUAGACAUUCACGAAGGACAGAUGAUGUCCAAAAUAUUUUGCAACUGGUAAAGUCAUAGAAAUUAACAGAAUCACUAUAGGCAUCAAAUUUUUAAAAUAUCUUUUUUUCUCUAAAUAAUCAAGAUGACCUAUCUUGAUAUACCUAUCUCUUUAAAUUGUUUGCCAAGAACAGAAGUUGAAGCUCAAAUCAUUCUCAAAUUAUCGUCAUGUUUUUAUUUAGAAAUUGUGUAAUUUCUUGAGUGACACAGCUGUAUAUAUGUAUGUGUGUAUAUAUAUAAACAUAAAAUAACCUAUGAUAUAUUUAUUUAUUUAUUUAAAAUAACUCUGCCUGAGCUGUGAUUUGAUAAGAGAACCACAUCCAGUGCUUCUAGCAACUUCCCAUUAACUUGAGAACCAGUGGGUGACGUGGGAUCUCAACAGAUAACUCAUCUAAGCAUCAACCACAGUUCUAUUUUCUCCUCUCUUCGCUGUUCUAAACUGACAGCAAUUACAUUAAAAACUUUCCUAGCCCUUGUAA